UGUGUAUGUGUGUACGAUACCGGGUAUCUGUUCACGAUGCUAGUUAGGAGCUAUGGACGCAUUCGCAUGAACUAUGUGCCAUCAUAUAUAAGAUGCGGUAUGGGAAGCCCAGGCGGACGAAUGAUCUCGUCGACAGGUCAAAGCUCGACGGAGACGCACACAGAAUUUGAACAGCCGCGCUCGAUCACCCAGCGACGAGACGAAAGCACACAGUACACCUAUACUCCUGGAGAAGGCCAGAGCAAGGUGAAUGUAAAGCAUCUCGGCUCCGCUGGAAUUCAAGGCGGGGUGACUGCAAUUAGGCAAUUUCUUCAGACCACUUUUCUGCCAGCGGGAUACCCGGAGAGUCUUGGUCCAGGGUAUCUCACGUUCGUUAAAUAUCAGUCUUUGCAUCACGUAGCCUCGAGUGUAAACGGCGUGCUUGCGUCUACGUUUCUUUUGUACGGCGUAGGCCUAGGCGAGAGCGCAGCCCCUGUUGCCGGUGCUGUCAAUUGGGUCCUAAAAGAUGGGUUGGGCCAGAUAGGAACUCUGAUGUUUGGCAAAUUGAUUGCUCACAGAUUUGAUCUGAACGCGAAGACUUGGUAUCUGUCUGCAUCAGUGAUGCUGAACGUAGGCGUGUAUCUCGAGUUGUCAACAUUCAUGGCUCCCCACCACUUUCUGGUAUUGGCUUCGCUCGCUAAUGGAAUAAAGGGGCUUGCUUGGAUGGCGGGUGGUUCGACGCGCUCCGCCUUCAAUGUAAGCUUUGCCAGGGCCAACAACAUUGCAGACAUCACUGCGAAGGCUACUGCUCAAACGAUCACCGCGUCUCUCUUCGAUUCAAGGGCCAUGGUUACCCGACGUAGGACCACACAGUACGGCUAUCUCCUUGUGCUCAAACAAUUGAUACUGCUUAACAUCGCAUCUGAAGUCUCACUAUCUUUUAUCAACUCAGGAAACCUUAUCGGCGUGUACCUCUGUAGUCAAAUCGGUCAAUCGCUCCAGUAUGCUGUGGCGGCAUGUGCGAUCACAUCUUGCGUGCAUCUGGGUGCGGCUUAUUGGUGCGUGCGAAACAUUCCGCUGAGCACCUUAAACCCCAGCCGGUUGCAGCUUCUUACAGAUAGAUUCCUGGACUAUCGCCGCUCACGUAUGACUAGUGCACCUGAAAACCACGAUAAAGCUCUGCCAAACCCAACCGACUUGGCUUUAGAGGACCCAGCCGUCCAUUUUCCGCGUGUGCAGCGCGACCAACGAUUCUUGCCCGCCAUCUCCGUUGGUGUGGAUGUGAUAGAGCUCUGUGGAGGCUCAUCGAAGAAAUUAGACGAACUACUCCAAAUAUAUAAGGAUUUGCCUUAUAUUGCCUCUGUAGAUGAUGCUGACGGGUCUGUUAUGCUGGUGUUCAAGGAGGACGCCACUCCCCAUCAGUGUCUUCGAGGGUACCUGAAUGCAUGCAUAUUAAGAGACAGCUCUCGACAAUGCCAACGAAUAGAUCGAACACCUGCCAGCAGAGUACAACUACUCGAAGCGAUAGAGGAAAGCACUGCUGCUCAGGCCGAAUAUGUUGCACAGCUUGAAAGUACUGGAUGGCAUUAUAAGCGCUUACAAAUAGAGAUAAAUUCGAAUAGAGCUAUGUGGUAAAUGAUUGACAGCCCUAACUACUACACGAAGGUGUGGGGGUGUUGGGAUUAGCGGAUGACAGACGCUAGAAUCGGUCAAAUGAGACAUCUGCACGCUUUCCAGAUAUAAAUUCGAGCUCGAGCUAUGGUUUAAGAAGAUUCGACAUCAAUGACUUCCAAAGUGCUUAUUUGCCAAGUUCGAGUGACUCGUUACACCUCUCAGUUGGCCAAUUGUAAGAAUGAAUCUUCGCUUUACCCCGUUGUAACGCGUAAAGCUUGAUGAUCGAUUCCCUUGUACGUCGGUAGCGAUAUUUACCUGUUGCGAAAAAUUGAAUGUAAGCGACUGUGCAGCCCAUGUGAAUCACGGCUCUCAUGGCGUUUCCGAGCACCAACGAGUCGAUGGGAGUCAAGGUGUCUUUUAUAUUGGAACACCUAUCGAUAUGCACGGGGUUGUAGAAAUCACACAAAUGAGAAGGCCCUAAAUCAAACGGAUCACAAUUAAAGAGCAAUUGCAUUCCCACCAAAGUUGUUUAUCAAAAUUAGCGGAUGAAGAUUAUAAAAAGGCA